AUGGCCUCGUAUCUGAGCUUGGCCCUGGCCAGACUGCAUGUCUACAAUGGAGCCGCGGGUGUUCAGAACGGGAGCCACGAAGCUAUCAUUGAGCCUGUCAUUGACUUCCUAGACUUGAACCGACUAGUAGCACAAGCUCCAUCUUCGUUCAAGAACAUAUCAUUAUCUGACUAUCAAACCAUCAUGCAGCUCACCACGCUUGCGCUUUUGACAAGCCUCUCGGCAGUAUGCUUUGCUGCGCCAGCAAAUAACCAUGUCGACAUUGUGCCUCGCCAGACCAAGAAGCCAGAGCCUACCCCGACAAAGACUACUAUCAAGACAACUACAAAGACUACCGAGAAGCCCACAAAGACCACCACUGAGGAGACUGGUCCAAGCAGCACGAGAUGCCCUGUGCCUGCUUACUACAAGUGCGGAGGCUGGGAUUACACUAAGCCUUGGGACGGCUGCACGGUUUGCGAAAAGGGCUCUACAUGCGUGGAACAGAACGAAUGGUACUUCCAGUGUGUGCCAAACGACGCCAUUGUAGCGGAGUAA